AUGUUCCGCGAUGAUCCACUCGCUUACAAUAUGCAGAAUUGGGUCCGCUGGGGUGGGGGUGAGAAUUUAGCGCCGCACGAACCAUCAGGCCUCCGAUUGGUUGAAACCCCUAGUAAAGAGGACUUUGGCAGUUGCGGGCUUAUCUUGCUAUGGGAUUGCUCUGUCUCGUGGAGUCAGAUGUGUGAGACCCACCUGAUCUAUGGCAUUCCCAACGAAAAGUGGCAUCAAUACGGAGAUCCCUUACGACCAAAAAUAUGGGAUCUGGAGGUGCAAGAAAAGAACAAAGUUGAAGAUCCAUCGGAUCCAGAGACAUGGCCGAGUAGGAAGAAGAUCUUCGUGGUCUUUGUUGGCCUUCUCACGUUGUUUAACAGCGUCUUCGAUUCAACCAUCCCGAGUGGUGGGAUUGAGUUCAUUCCCAGGGCCCUGAACGUCAAAAGCGAGACUCAACAGGUGCUACCAACCUCUGUCUACCUGAUCGGGUAUGUGACAGGACCUCUGGCUUUUGGUCCCUUAAGCGAGCUGUACGGUGGAAGGCCAGUGAUGGUGGGAACUUUUGUUCUUUUUACUAUCUUUACCCUCGCAUAUGCUGUUGCGCCCGACUGGCUGGCACUCAUUAUUUUUCGAGUUAUCUGUGGCAUCUGCGCGUCUAGUCCGAUUGCUAUCACCGGAGGGCUUUUCGCCGAUGUAUAUCGCUCUCCUCCUGCUCGGGGACGAACCAUGGCGUUGUCAAUGGCAGUCACCACCGCUGGUCCGCAUUUUGCACCACUGGUUGCGGGAUUCAUUGCACCGGUUGUGUGGAGGUGGAUCUUUUGA